AUGCCUUUAGAUCUUGUCGACCGUAUCAGAUCUUUCCCACUCUUCAUGUCUGCUCCCGAGGAGUUUCUGGUUGCUAUCGGAAAUCAUUUGAAGCCCCAGAUUCAAAGUCCUAACGACCAUAUCGUGACCGAGGGAGAUGAAGCCAAGGCGAUGUAUUGGUUGGUGCGAGGCGUUGUUGCCGUGACCUCUAGGGAUGGAGAAGCAGUAUACGCCGAGCUGAACCCUGGGUCGUUCUUUGGUGAAAUUGGUGUUUUGAUGCAAAUGCCGCGUACAGCUACUAUUGUUGCACGCACAAAGUGUCUGUUGCUGGUGCUGAAGAAGGAGGAUUUACAUUCAGUGAUACCCAGAUUUCCAGAGAUGGAAAAGGCAAUUCGCGAAGAGGCGCAGGAGCGUUUGAACCUUCUGAAAAAGAAACGCCAGGAGAGUGGGCGACUGAUCAAACCUCCUUCGGGAGACUUCACCGCCCGAGAGCCUGCGCCCGGUGAGGUUUCUACCGGCGAAAGGGGCGUUAUCAAAGACGGCACAGUGGUCAACAACAAGAAGAGGAAAUCCCCGAGCCCAGGCAUCAUGGAAGAUCCAAGCGCUGGGAGCGCCAUUGGAAGUGGGCAAAUUAAUAUCCGAACAACGCUUAAGGAGUUACCGCUCUUCUCUACACUCCCUGCGGAUAUUCUGCACUUCCUAGGAUUGAGUGUUCAGCCCAAAUCUUAUACUCCCUUCUCAGAUAUUGUCCGACAAGGUUUACCAGGAAACGAAAUAUUUUUCAUUGUUCGUGGCGAGGCCGAGGUGAUACACGAUGAACCAGUGUACGACGACGGCAUUCAGAACAAGGCUCAAGCUAUCCCGAGUCGGCCGAGAUUGAAGGCGGGCCAAUAUUUUGGCGAAGUCGCCAGUCUUGGUUUGUCUCGUGGCCGAACAGCUACUGUUCGAUCUAUCACUUCUGUCGAGUGUAUUAUGAUUACCGGCGAUGUCCUUGAUGAGUUCUGGAGACGCUGCCCUGCAGAUAUCUUGACACAGGUCAAAGAGACUGCAAGACUACGAUAUCACAAACAAAGCGAUGAUGUCGAUAUGAUCGAUGCCGAUAACGUUAAGGAAAAGGUCAUCAAGUCCGACCCGCCAACUCCUACGACAGGCCCAAGAACAUCACUCCCUAAUCUCACCUUCACUACUCCAUCUAAGCCAGGAUCUCCUUCCAAAGACGACACUGGUAAUAUAGCACCAAGAGACCCGGAUCCAUUUUUGAGUGUCAAUAUGGAGAAUAUCAGGAACCGAAGACGGCACUCUUUGGCACCCCCUGUGCCGCCAAUGGAUAGCUCCUUGGCCAGUACUAACGGCGCGAGAUCUCGCCUGUCAGAAGUGACGCCCAUCAAGUUUGCGUUCUCUGAGACCCCAAGUGAUGACGAGGAUAUCCCGGCGAAACGAGUCCGGACAACCCUACCUACUCGACCUUCAGGGAUGAGUAAGCCGGUGCUCUCAGACGAGAUCUUGAUCUACAUAUUCAAGCAUGUGGAUAUUGGCGAGCUUUUCCGACUACGACUUGUGAGCACCCAUUGGCGCAAGCUCUUGACAACAUCACCGAAGGUCUGCCAAGACGUUGACCUUUCGAUUUACAACCGCAAGGUCAAUGAUGAGGUAUUGAUCAAGGUGCUUGCUCCAUUCAUUGGCACUCGCGCUCUAAGCAUUGACCUGAACAAUUGCUUCCAUAUAACAGAUGAAGGCUUUGGAGCUCUAUGGCGUAGUUGCGGAAAGAAUGUCAAGAGAUGGAAAAUGAAGUCGGUUUGGGAUGUUUCAGCGAAUCAGAUUCUGGAGAUGAGUGAGAAUGCCAAGGGGUUAGAAGAGGUGGACUGGAGUAACUGCCGCAAAGUUGGCGAUAAUCUACUUGGCCGUGUUGUUGGCUGGGUUGUGCCUGACCCUCCACCUUCCAAAUCAGUUGUCAUAUCAAGCUCAGCAGCCCGUACACGAAGCAAGCAACAGCAACAGAAGCACGCGGCACAAACGGUUUUGCCACCAGGCACAGUGGUCGGGUGCCCGAAGUUGAAACGCCUUAACCUCUCCUACUGCAAACACAUCACGGACCGAUCCAUGGCUCAUCUUGCAGCACACGCCUCAAACCGCAUCGAGUGGCUUUCGCUUACACGGUGUACGUCGAUCACAGACGCAGGCUUCCAGUCAUGGGCACCUUUCCGGUUUGAGAAGCUAUCUCGGCUGUGCUUGGCAGAUUGUACAUAUCUGUCAGACAACGCUGUUGUUGCCCUGGUAAAUUCAGCCAAGAACCUUACACAUUUGGAUCUAUCAUUCUGCUGUGCACUUUCCGAUACGGCAACAGAGGUUGUCGCUCUUCGGCUGCCGAAGUUACGAGAGUUGCGGUUAGCAUUCUGCGGAAGUGCUGUUAGUGACGGGAGCCUGGAAAGUGUAGCACUCCAUCUGAAUGAACUGGAGGCACUCAGUGUCCGCGGCUGUGUGCGUGUGACAGGCCGGGGAGUUGAAAACGUGCUGAAUGGAUGCGGACGACUCAACUGGAUGGAUAUCAGCCAGUGCCGGAACCUGGAGUCUUGGCUUCGAGCUGGUGGCGUGACUAAUUGGGGCUUCGAUGAUAGAAUUGGUCAACGACCUGCAGAAACCGCACCAAGUGAUGGAACUACACCAGGAGAUGGUGAAGAAGAUGCCCCGGCGCCAAAAGCAAUGAGCGUUGCCAUGCUCACAUCACAGAACUUUAUGCCACGGUCUGCAUUUGGAUACAGGUCUAAGAGAGCGAGACGACCUGUGCGCUUCGUUAUCGAGAAAGGAUAUGGAAGCUUACGCUGA